GGCGACUUCCAUACGAACAGAAACAGCAUGAUACAGUACAUGUAGUUUAUGGUGUUGUCGGAUUUCUGAACCCAAGUUAUGUUUGUUGCAUGAUUUUGUGAUGCUUUCAAUAUAUUAACUUUAAACUCACGAUGAGUUCAAAAAUCCUGCUUCAAAGGAUUUAUCCUUUGUUGUUAAGACGUCAACGUCCAGUGUCAUUUAGUUACGCGAUGACGCCAUUCCAUCGUUCGCUUUACGAUGUUCAACCUAAUGGGCGUGAUAAAACUGAUACAGUCCCGAGUCUACAUGUAGAGACAAUCAAGACGUCUUCUAAUGGGUUUUAUCGAGCCAAAAACCAUAUUGUAGUCGAUCCUGAUCCUAUCACAGCACAGAUAUUAGAAGCAGAUACUGAGGGUAGGAUAUUUGAUGUCUUGACAAAACAUAAAUUCGUGUUAAAUAAUCUGCAAGUCUUUGCUGCAAUAGACAUCAUAUGGGAGUUGCAGAAACAAAAACCAGACAGCUCAAGGAAUUUUAGUGAAAUCAAUGAACACACAGUAUUUCAAAAUCUGUGUGUUGCCAUAGAAACAAACGCUGCUGAAUUUGAUGAUACAUCUCUGAUCAAGGUAUUGUAUGCGUUGCUACGACUCAAAGUGGACCCUGCUUCUUCGUCUGUACAGCAAAUUGUUAUCGAAGCAACCCGAAGAAUACAACAAUUGGACUUCGCUGAUUUAUCGAGGUUUGCGGUUUGCCUCCAGGAAAUGUCUUUACGUAAUAGUCCAAUUGCAGGACAACUUGCUUCACGACUACAAAAAGAUCUAAAUAAUAUUGAAAGCGUACGACAGUUCUCGAACUUGAUGUAUGUUCUAAUGGGUGUGUGCUCGGCUGAUUUCCAAACCAAACUGGUCAAAAAAGCUAUGUAUUUGUUUGAGAGUGAUUCGGUGUACCCACAUGAUAUUCGGAGAAUCCUGCAAGCUGUGGCAUACGCCUCAAUCUGUGAGGCUUCGCUGUUAGAUAAGUGCGCUAGUCUUAUAAUUGAGAACAUAGACUCUUUUGGAUUGGUCGAUUUAUGCAUAUCGCAUAGAUGCUAUUCCUCAUUGGACUAUCACCAUAUUGGGCUUAAGACUGCAAUUUCUAACCACUUCAAACAAAUUUACUCGACGGUCGUAUGCCCUCUAACUUUCUCUCACAUUUUCGAUAUAUUGGCUCCCGAUGCGUCCACAGAGUUGAAAAUUCAUCUUGAAGAUAUCGUUCUGGAUAAAAUCCCUGAUAUGUCCUUUGCUGCUCUGAGUAAUAUUUGUAGAACUUUGCGCAAGAUGAACUAUAGAUCAGUUAGCAUCCUAAAAAUGGUUUGUCGUUAUUUGAAAAAACGGGUCACAGAAGCCGACCUUGAGGAUUUGACUUGGACAGCUAGGAAUCUAAUUAUCCUAGAUUUUAUCGACGUGGAAAUCAGCAAGCUGUUUGGAAACAAGCUCAAAGAGGGAUUAGAGAAAAGUAUUGAUCCACAUUUUGUUAGCAUGAUUGUGCAUGUGCUGUCAAACCUUGACACUGAUUAUCCUCAUCAGGUGAUCUUGGCAAAGGUCAAGGGUGCUAUGAGCAAGUUUGACGUUGCUGAAUUAAACAGGACCUCUGUUGCCAUUAAGAAGAUCCUUCUUGAUCAGACACUGCUGUCUGCCUAUCAAAUUAGCUACGGUGAUUUACGAAAAGAUCUGAACCGACAAGCAAUUAAACAGUUAGACCAGGUAACGAGUGUGAAAUUACAGAACGCUAUCAUGUUAGCAAUGACGGAAGAAGGGAUUGACGCAUCCCUUUUGGAAGAAACUAUGGAACAUUAUAAUAAACUUCUGCACAAAGUGUCACCGAAGUCAGCUCCUGAAUGUGCUAUAUAUUUAAUGAGGACGCGAUGCCGACAUAAACCACUCUUGGACACUAUCGCUAAUAUUGUAGUGAAACAACCCAAUCAGCUAAACUAUCUGAACCUUAACCGAAUACUCUUACCCUAUGCGUUUCUCAACUAUUACCCGUCAAAUGUUGAGUCGUUUUUACAGGCGUGUAUAGAGAAGUGUGAGGCGUUUAUGGAUCAGUAUCAUCCUAACUACCUCAUCAAGGUAGCCCAUGACUUGGCGAUGCUACAACAGUUUCCUGAGAAGGUUAUUAACCAUAUAUUUGGAUUAGAUUUCCUGACGAAACUGGAUGACAUCUUAGAAGGUAAUCCUAUCAUAUUACGUAUGCAGUGGGGAUCACAGAAAAAAGUUCUUCCUCCUGGAGCUGAGAGAGUUGCUAUUGAGUUCCUGUCUUCAAAGUCAUUUUGUACCAACUCACAGCACCCACUCGGUUACAUAGAUAUGAAGAGAAGACACUUGGAAAUAAUGGGAUAUAGAUACGUAGCGAUUCCCCAUUUUGAAUGGUUUUCUAUGAAACUGUCAAGCAGUGAUGAUUAUAGAGAAUAUUUAAGAGAAAAACUAUUCGCACAAAAAGAUCCAGACUAUUUAGAAGGUGCAUUGGUGUACAAGAUGUUACCUGCGUUGACGUGAUAUUGCCCUGCCAGGGCUUGCAUGUAAAGUUAUGAAGUUGUAAGUUAAUUUCAGUGAGACUUCUUCGUGGAUGUACUAUAGGGAUGGAAACUUGUCAGAACUCGUAAAUAUACCCAUCACUAAUACUGUGCAAGUGUCAUGCACACAGCGAUCAAACGUCUUCUGAACUACGUCAUCACAGAACACAAAGGACACAUGGAAAAGAUGAAUUGCAGAAAAGAAAAUCGACGAGACAAUCAACAUAAUCAAUAAGGAAUAUGCAAGGACACUAGAAACAAAUUAAAUUUUAGAACUGCUUAAAAAUCAACCGUCCGAUUGCUUUGAUGUAUUUGAGUAAUUGAAACAGUUGAAGAUGUCUAUAAUGGUUAUUUUUGUAAAAUAUUAUUUGUGGCUUCUUUAAACCACAAGUCCAUGUAUGGUUGAUAAUUUGCUGCAAUAAUGGGAAGUACCACUGCAAAGUCUCCUCCAGUGAAAUAAAGUGAUGUAUAAAGUCACUUAUUUAUAAAUUUUGGUCAGCCAAGAUGGUGUUAAGAAACACAAGUAUCUUCGAUCUGAUGAGGAGCCUAGGUUGUAUUACUAGGAAUCCAGUG